CCAACUUCAGGGUUGUGUUGGCACAGUUUUGUAGCAAGACGCGCAGACUACCCUGGUGAGACCGAACUGAUAUUUGCAAUAUCAAUAAAAUGAGUCACAAUAAUUUACUACAGAGCUACACAUGGGACGCUCCGUACGACGAUCCUCAACAACAGUUUCCGCGUCAGGUUCAAGAUGAAGUUAUCAGCGUUUACGAAGUGUACGUUAAGGAGGAAACCGUCGGCCCUGAUGGGCGUAGUGAUAUUUCGAUGAUGCCAGGCGAACCAGGAUCCAGCAAUCAACUCAUGCAAGGAGAUUGUUUGGACCUCGAUGCAGCGAUCGGAUCCGAGGUGAUAAACGUUGACGGAUCGAUAACGAAACUGCUGGCAAAAGACACGAUAAAAUACAAGAUUUUGGAGCAAAACGCUACUGAGGAUAACAACGUCGUGAUGUAUUCUCACCCGAUGAACGAGGUCCCAUCCGCUCCGCGGCUCGUCGACAAGGACGACCCUCGAUCGAGAUUACAUUUUGUCAAGUAUCUCAAGAGAGACGGGAAAACCCUAAAAAUCUGGGAAUGUGGAAUCUGCUCCAAAGAAUUUCGGCACCAGUACACCUUGAUGCGACACUUGCCGACUCACACGGACGAGCGAAAUUUUAAGUGCGAAGCUUGCGGCAAAGCGUUUAGGCAAUUAUCCACCCUGAGUCAACACCGUGCGAUUCACAGCGAUGCCCGUCCCUACGUUUGCGAGUUUUGCAAAAAGACGUUCAACAGAGUAUCCACCUUGAUUUCCCACCGCAAGACUCACUCCGAACAUAAACCCCAUAAAUGUCAUUUGUGUGGAAAGGGUUUUCACCAAAAAGGAAACUUGCGAAACCACGUUUUCACGCACACAAACGAGCGACCGUACAAAUGCGAGAUUUGCGGCAAGGGUUUCAAUCAGAUGUCGAACCUGAUGUGCCACAAAGUAAAGGCUCACGCCCACGCGGAAAAAAUGCCGUACGUAUGCGGCAUAUGCGGCAAACAAUUCCCCCGUCGAUUUUCACUAAGAUCCCACGAGGAGUACAAGCACGGGAUAAAAUAUCGCCAGCAGAACGCUCCCGCUGUCCUACAGGACGAUGGAUUACACUCGGGCAGCCUGAUUGUAGAUAAAAUUGAUACGAAGGCGAUGGAGAACGCUAUCUCAGAAGGGCAAACGCCGUUUGCUCUCUUCAAACCAGCCAAAGGAAUUCCGGUCCUCGUUAAAGUCGGGAGUGCCGCUAAUUGCAAACAAAUGCUGACACCGGCUACUGCUGAGGACUUGCGUAUGGCUGGAAAAAUGACCCUCAGCCCCACUUUAGCUGAACUCGACGGUAUCAAAGCCGUGCAAAUCAAAGUACCUGUCGUCGCCACCGUUACCCAACACAUCGGGCCCGACGGCAGCUCCAGCUUCAUCGUCGAGCCACCGGGACCCGGUCAGGAGCAAGAGAGUCUGAUCGAGCCAAUCGAGUCCGAAUUCUCAUGCAUAGACCAGCGCGAGGUGCAGCGAAGCGAGGGCGUGGAUAAAAAUUCGCAAGAAGAUUGCAACGAUUUGCUGGAAUUGGCAGCUCAGGGUGGAAUUCAAUUUGUGCGAGCGACGGAAGACGGACGUUACGAGGUGAUGACGAACAGCGAGGCGCGUGAUCUGAUGGCUCAGAAUUCCCACGACGUGACGAUACUCGACGGCGAAGAGGCCGAGGCGUUAUCGGUCGUGAACAUGCGCGGCUGCAGCGCGAACAACCAGGGCAUGGAAGUCGAGGAUACGAGCGGCCAGAUAACCGUCCUAAACGCCGGAGGCGGGUCGGGACGUCCUCUAAAAAGCGUCCCGAUGGAGGGGAUCGAGAUCCUCGAUGAAAAGGACAUCGAUAUCGUGGGCGGUAAGAGUCUGCAUCAGCUGGAGCCGGUCCGACCGACGAACGGAACGAUCGUAACGUCGACGGUGUUCGAUCAGGAGAAAAUUUACGACUACAAUAAAGAUUUCUGUAGUCCCAUUAACGGCCUCUCGGUUCAGCCGAUUCUGGCUCUGCAGGACGACGCCCUGCAGACUGCAAUGAACAAGACGGUUGGCCGAGAUCUACAGACGGAUUCAAUGAACCCAUUGAUUCAGAGAAGCACGUCGAUCCUCAGCAACAGCUUCACGAGCUUUAAACAGUCGAACAACUCCACAAGCGACCACAGCAUCGCCGCCAUUCUCUCGUCCAACGAUCAUGCGAUCCCUAAAAGCCAGCUCAUGGAUGUCGCCUUGAAAGCACCGCGGUUCCCCGACUUUGAGAACGGUAAUGAUUUGCUUCUCAAUACGGCGGCGAUUAUUAAACCAGAAGUGAAGAUACUGGGCCCAAAGAAUCACGGCAAGACGACUGCGCUCGGUCAGGAGAAGAUUGUCCAGUUCGGUAAAUCCGGGACUAAUGAGGCGGUCAAGGUUCUUGGACACGGGGAUGCUUACAAGGAUUUCAACAUGCUCGGCAGCUACAGCUAUGAUCAGUAUCCGGGUUCGCAGUAUACCUCUGUUUUGGCUCCCGAUCAACGAUUACAGAAAAAGGAAGUGAAGAUACUUGGGCGGAAAAACGAACCUUCGUUAAACCAUAUGACGACAACAAGCGGUUUUGAGGUGAGCAAAUGCCACGGGCAGGAGAGUGAGAUUCAGGAAAAUUUGCCAAAUCCUGAAACGAGAGUCGAUUCUAAUGCCGAAUCAGACAACGAGACUUACCUUUCUUUGCUAAGAAUCAACACGUGGUUGAGAAAAUCUUGUUAACACUUGGCGACGCGUUAGUACCUGACAAGACUUAGCAAAUACCUACGUAUACAUUAAUUAAAAUAUACCAAUGAAUUAGCGAUACUGCGUAACGCAAUCGCAUAAAUACAUAUAUACACACGAACACAUAGGCAUGAAUAAAAAUGAAAAUUGAUGGUUAAAGGUGAGAUCGAGUACCGAAACGGACCAAAGGUUCGUGCCGGAAACGAUCGUGAUCGAAGAUUCCCCGCAGAGUACGAAUAACAAGUCCACGGACUUUGUUCAAGUAAAAAGUCUCACAAUUAGUUAAAGAAGGCUAAAAGAAAAAAAAUUGUUUCUCAAGCCAAUAUUUUCCGUCCCUGAAACUUAGCUGCAGGCGAUUCGCAGAACCGGUGGCAGAGAUGACCAGAUCGAAAUUAAUAUGAUAGAGAGUCCCAGCGAGACGCAGGCGAACGCCUUGAGCGAUGAUGUUGGUCAUCGGCUUUUGGAACUCGGCGAUGUCGAUAGAGAUGGUGCUAAAUUUAAGGAGGUCACUUCGAUAUCCGAGUCAGAUUUGGAACUGAUAGAAAACUGCCGAGUCAUCAGCUACGACAAUCUUCCGGAUUUGGAUUGGUAUCGAGUAGCACAUUUUUAGUAGUUUUUCAUUUAUUCUUAAUUUCGUUAAAGUUUAGCUGAUCAAUUUUGUCAAUAUAAAUAAUAAGAUGUUGUAAUACGUUAUCUAUAAUGCUCUGCGGGAAACGUACGUUCGCUGCCGCCAACCACUCGUGCACACGUAUAUCCUAAGUCAAAUUUUAAAUUAUAUAUUGAUAAAAAUGAAAAUACGUAUAUGAUGUAUGCACGAAUGAAUUUAGACUAAUAAUUACACAUUUUCUAUGAUGGUAUUCUCGAUGAAAUUGCAUAAUUCUACUUGCACAUAAUGAUAACUAUUAUUACCGUAUUGAUCAGAGUAUUUUCCUUACUGACCCGCGCAUAAGAUGGGUCUGCGUAUAAGACGUGGACAGUUUUUAGCUGUUAAC